UGAAUAAUUCAUGCAGCACCGUUAAGAAAGACGGGAAUUAGUACCCAGCUUGUUUCUCCCGCAAUUUCAAAUCGAGGUUCACUUCGAUUAGAACUGCGAUCGACUGCAGAACUGCGAACUACCAUGGAACGGAUUAUUCCACUGAUCGUCAUAAUUACAACAUUGUUCAUACUAGAAACACGUGGGGAGCAGAGAUUUACAGAAAUUGUUCUCACGGACAAGGGAUAUGUGCGCGGUGUGUUGCUAAAAACGGUUCAAAAUUCGGUGGAAUAUUCGGCGUUCAAAGGGAUUCCCUACGGCAAACCACCACUUGGAUAUUUAAGAUUUAAGGCUCCGAUUGAAGCAGAUAGUUGGGAUACCACUGUGGAUGCUACAUCUGACCCGGAACGUUGUCCUCAAUUUACCUCGGGAACUGGACAUUCAACCGGUAAUGAAGACUGUCUCUAUCUCAAUGUCUACACGCCAAAGACAAAAUUCAAUUCCACCGAUGGAGAAUUAUCAGCGGUAAUGGUAUGGAUACACGGUGGUGGCUUUUACGAGGGAUCUAUUAACAGUUCUGUUUUUGGUCCUGAUUUUUUAAUUGAAGAUAACGUUGUUAUAGUUGCCAUGAAUUAUCGUCUCGGUGCACUAGGAUUUCUGUCUCUCAACCAUCCAAAUGCCAGUGGCAAUGCUGGACUGAAGGAUCAAGUGUUGGCCCUGAAGUGGGUGCAGAAAAAUAUACAAAAUUUUGGUGGUGAUCCAGCGAAAGUUACAAUAUUUGGACACAGUGCUGGUGGGGCAGCUGUUGAGCUUCACAAAGUAUCGGAUCAAUCAGCAGGACUGUUCAGGGGGUCCAUCGCCAUGAGUGGUUCGCCAUUAAAUCCUUGGGGCUUUGCAACAUCGAGCAAUGCCCUUUCUAAAGCGAUUGCUCUGGGUAAAGAAUUAAAUUUAACGACAACGAAUGUGGAGGAUCUCCUACGAGAUUUGUAUGAUGUACCUGCUGAAGACUUGGUGAUGGCGACGUUUCGAUCGAUUACCGGGAUCGACAUGGGUUUUAUACCGACAGUGGAAAAUAGGGACUUUAGUAGUGAACAUGCUUUCAUCACUGAAUGCCCAAUUCACAGGUAUAAAUCAAAUAAUUAUGUGGAUUUACCGCAUAUGCUGGGCAUGGUCAGUUCGGAAACAAUCUAUCUUGCUCCAUCUAUUAUAAGCAAAGUCAUUGAUUUCCACCGAUCGGCAACUGGAAACUCAUCAAUUUUUGAUGUUGUCAGCCCGGAUAUCAUUGCUCAAAGUAUUGCCAUUAGUAGUGAUCUGUGGUUUAUCGCUGGCAUUGAUCGCACCCAGCAGUAUUUGAGUCAAGGAAAAGCGCCGGUUUAUUAUUAUCGGAAUUCUUUUGACUAUGAUGCGGCAUUGCACAAAAUUGAGGGAUUCCCAAUAAAUGGAACAGCCCAUUCAGACGAUCUCGCUCAUCUAUUUUGGAUGUCAGAAAAAAAUCAAUCACUCGAUCCUACUAGUGAUAUUGCUGUUCAACGACGGAGAUUAGUCAGGUUGUGGACGAAUUUCGCUAAAUUCGGCAAUCCAACACCCAAUGUCACUGAGGAGGAAGUUAUGAAUAUUCAAUGGGCGGAGUCAGGAGUGGAAGGACGUCAUCUAGAAAUUAGUAACGAGGGUCUAAAGAUGGGACCCCGCCCGGUUGACAUUUUUGUGAAGAUUCUGGGAGCAUUUUUGGGGCCAGUUGAAGAAACCCUGAAUGGCUGUUUAGCCAAAUGAUUCAUAUGAAUAUCAUUAUAUCAUAUUUGUGAACAAGUUUUGCUCUACUAUGUGAAAUAUAAAAUACACUCGGCAAUAACACUGAUAGAAAAGGUUGAGACGGAAUUGACAUUGCAUUAAAAUGUCUGACUCGUUAAUAAGUAAAUACUACUUACUGCAAUACUAUUGUGGGAGAAGAGAGUUUCGUUCAUGUCCACGAUGGAAUUUGCAUAAUUCAGUGGGAGAUUUGCACACUCAUUUGUAAUGCUACGAGGGAUAAACAGAAUGCAACUAGAACGCUCCCGAAAGUAGACAAUAUAGGAUCGGAUUACUGAGUUGCGAUUUCAAUGAUGGAAAACUUUAUGAAUUCAUCACUGUGAAUAAUAUUUGACAAUACAACUUCUACACAAAACUCAAGACCAUUAUGGAUAUGGAGGAACAAGAAAGAAAUUUUCAGGAAAAUAUAUGCAAUGAUAGCCGUGACCUAUGAAUAAGAUAUUACAUAUUAUUAUUUACUUGUCAUUAUGCACAGCCAUUCACCGUUUAUCCCAAAUUUAUGAAAUAUAAUUUCUCACUGGUCACCAA